CGGGCAGAGGAGCCGGACACAGACAGCCAGAGACACGAAAUCAGUUAAGGAAGACAUUUCUUGGAAAAUCAACAUUGAUUUUUGGAGCGGCGCAGACUCCCCCGAGGGCCUGGCUGGCAGGAUGCUGAUGUUUGACCCCGUCCCUGUUAAGCAGGAGGCAAUGGAGCCCGUCUCCGCGUCCUACCCGUCCAGCUACGCGGAGCACAUGAGGCCCAACAAGUACAGCGUGAUCUACUCGGCGCCCAGCGUGCUGCCCGGCAAGUUCUACUCCGACAGCCUGGCCGGCGGCAUCCAGAUGGAGCCGGUGGACCUGACGGUGAGCAAGCGAGGCUCCCCCCCCGGCGCCGGCGGCUCGCCCUCGCCGCUCAAGUUCCAGGUGGCCCCGCGUCGGGGCUCCCCCGGGCUGGGCCUGCGCUCGCCCAGCCCCCCGGUGAAGAAGUUCUCGCCGUCCCCGCCUGGAACGCAGCCGUUCAGCAUGCCCCUGGCCAUCCCCCCGGUCAUGGCUGCCCUGUCUCGCCACGGCCUCCGCAGCCCCGGCAUCCUGCCGGUCAUUCAGCCGGUCGUCGUGCAGCCCGUCCCCUUCAUGUACGCCCCGCAUCUCCAGCAGCCCGUCAUGGUCUCCGCCGUCCUGGCCGACGACAUGGACACCUCUGGCGGCCUGCCAGUGCCCGUGAUCGAGUCGUACGACAAGUCCGUGCUACCGAGGAAGAUCAAACUGGAGCCCGGGCUGGAGUCCCCACAGACGGACUUUUACCCUGAGGAAAUGUCUCCGCCACUGAUGGGCUCCAUCUCCCCCCAGCAGGUCAUGCUCCAGGAGAACCACCCGUCGGUGAUCGUGCAGACGGGGAAGCGGCCGUUGCCCGUGGAGUCCCCAGACACGCAGCGCAAGCGCCGGAUCCACCGCUGCGACUACGAGGGCUGCAACAAAGUCUACACCAAGAGCUCUCACUUGAAAGCCCACAGGAGGACGCACACAGGAGAAAAGCCGUACAAGUGCACGUGGGAGGGAUGCACGUGGAAAUUUGCCCGUUCCGACGAGCUGACCCGGCACUUCCGCAAACACACUGGCAUCAAGCCCUUCCAAUGUCCAGACUGUGACCGCAGCUUCUCCCGCUCGGACCACCUCGCCCUCCACAGGAAACGGCACAUGCUAGUCUGAGCGGCCCGGCCCUCCCCUUCCGGCUCCCGGCCGGCCGCCCCUCUUCUCCAUCCCCCCAACCCCCUACCCUUCGUCUCUGCGUGAGCGACUUCAUUUGGAUUCAGCUGGUCUUGAAUCUCCACGUUUCUACCGUUUAAACUUCGUGUGGUCAGUAACAGACAUUACCUAUCCCUUCUCUUUCCUUACCACGGGUCAGACCUAAAGAAUGUGAACAGUUUUCGUUUCUUCCCGGGGAUGCUAAGCAAACCCUCCCUGCAGAAAUACUUCGUGUCCCGAGACCGGGGACCUCGUAAAGCCAACCCGAACGGGUCCGUGUUUCCAGGUAAUAUCAGCCAGCGAAUAUCGACCAGCCAGCAAGCGGCCCUCAGAGGCGAUGUCCGGACCGCAAAUCCUCCUGUGAGCUCGUCUCCGCUUCGGCCGGGAACGGGCUGAACCCAUCCCAGCAGGUUCCGGGCCUGCCGGGGGGGCAUGGAGAGCAGGCUGCCCCUCCGUAGUGGCCCGAGCUUUCCGGCCAGGGCUCGAAGCCCCCGGCGGGUCACUCUGACAAUGGAAAGACCGUCCACCUCCCCAGACCAAGCAGUGUUUCCCCUGCCACAAUAAUUGACCCACAGAGAUGACUUGUAGGAGAUGCAGUGACACUGUGUGGAUUAGGCAUGAGAAUGCGUGCCUAUGUGUGUACGUGUGAGUGUGUGUGUGAGUGUGUGCAUGCACAUGCUUGCUGUUGCCACCUUCCAGAUCCACUCGGAUGAACCCCUGGUGCUCCCUCAAACCCUGCCCCAUCUUUGGCCUGGGGAGGGGGGCAUUGGCCAAAGCUGGGGGCCGGGGCCCACCCAGUUGAAGCCUCCCCCACUCGCCAAGACCCGACCCUAAAGUGAAACAAGGGUUUGGAUUUCCUCUCUGCCAGGAGUUAGUGCGAUGCUUCGCUCGGUGGGAAGCCCAGGAAUUCGAUAUCAGCAAAGGGCAAGGGGGAAGCCGGUGAGACUCCAGGGUGCUCUGAUGUCCGAAGAGGCUCUGUCCUGGCCUCGGCAAGAUUGGGAGAAAUGACUCGCUCGUGCACUUCUCUUAGCUCGUCUGGGCCGCUUCCGCGAACAGCACCAAGCUUGUCUCGUUGUGGGGAAAUCUCACCCCGACCAAACACCUUCGAGGGGUGGGGGCAGGAGUCCCGUGGCCACUUGAGAGCCCUGGCCUCGUUGCCUCCCAGAAACAUGCUCGUCCGAGCCAUUCUGGCACUUGGCAGUUGUUGGAACAGCCGUGCCCUAGCCACAGGGACUGAAACGGGUUCUGUCUGGUGCUCCCGACCCUGCCGAUAUUCAGGAAUACGCAAGCACACGUGCAGCCAGCAUCAGGCAGGGUCUGGGUGGCUACACACUUACCUCAGCUUUCAACUCAUUGGCCUUUCCAACCACCCAGCAACUGGAGGGGGCUCCGGAAGAGUUUCGAGCAGGGCUCGUUGCUUCUUGCUUCAUCUGAUGAGUCCCGGUUCUUUUGGGUCUCUGUCUGUCUGUCUAUCUGUCUGUCUCUCUCUCUCGCUGGCACACACACACACACACACACACAUUCACUCACAUGUCAUGCCUUCCGAAGAACAACUUAAAUUACUCCCAGGGAAACUAUCCAGGGCCACUGUUUCCAUCCCGGUGGAAAGAAAAGCCUCCCCAAAGCAUAAUUCAAAUUGCCUUGGUGCUCUCUGAUUCCCUCCUCCUCCUCCUUCGGCCAAGAGUUCCUCUAGAAGUCAGUGGAUGUUUCCGGCUGUCCUUCUUAGCUCUGCUCUGGCCAAGGGGCACAGAUUUGGACUGGCGGUGGGUUUUAACCCGAUGCAAGUCACGGUCGAUGGCUGUUGAAAGUUCAAACAAUUUUUCGUGAUGUCAACGUAGUUCUAAGCAAGAUCGGUUUUGCGUCAGUUGCACUUGUUUUAGGACGAAGGGGAUUUCAGAGGGACGAUUGCUGGGAGUUGUCACAGAUGUUUGCAAAUAAACCUGCCUGUUUGGAUGGUCCGGAAAUGGGAA